AUGGCGUCAAGUACUCAAGGCCAGAUUGACCCUGAAGACGACGAAAACCUUGUUUCUGGUUCGAGGUCCCAUGGGGAUCCUCCAGGUCCGGGCUCGGAUGAGAAUCUCCAGCAUACACCCAGCAAUGAAAGUAGCUACGAACCCAUCAUGGAAGCUGACCGUGCUGAGAUCACACGUGUUGCGAGCGAGUUGAAGCGCGAAAAAAGUUACGAUCCGACUCUGGAUCCUUCUGAACCAACCUUCGACAUAUACAAAUGGGCCAAGAUGGUCAUGCGAGAAGCAGAAGGCGCAAAUAUCAAGCUACGUCGUGCUUCAAUCACAUUCAAGAAUCUGAAUGUAUCAGGCUCCGGGAUCGCCAUGAACCUCCAGCCGACAGUCGAAUCAUAUCUUCUUGCUCCAUUUCGCUUACGCGAAUGGGUUCGAUUCGCGAAGAAGCCCCAGAGAAAGAUUCUUACUGGCUUUGAUGGCGUUGUCAAGCCUGGAGAGAUGCUGCUGGUCCUGGGACGACCUGGCAGCGGAUGCUCGACGCUCUUGAAGACUUUGGCAGGAGAACUCCAUGGUUUGAAAGUGGGAGAUGACUCCGUUAUCCAUUACAGCGGAAUACCUCAGCACCAGAUGAUCAAGCAUUUCAAAGGCGAGAUCGUCUACAAUGCAGAAGUCGACAUACAUUUCCCACAUUUGACGGUCAGACAGACCCUUGAAUUUGCCGCUGCCAUGCGUACUCCACGGAACCGGAUCUUGGGAAGUUCUCGAAACGAGAACGUCAAGAGAAUGACAGCCGUCGCAAUGGCAGUUUGCGGAUUGACCCAUGUCCAAAACACGAAAGUAGGAAAUGCAUAUGUACGAGGUGCAUCUGGGGGAGAGAGAAAGCGAGUGAGCAUUGCAGAGAUGCUGCUCUCGUUCUCACCUAUAGGCUGUUGGGAUAAUAGUACACGUGGUCUCGAUGCUUCCUCUGCCAUCACAUUCGUUCGUACUCUCAGAUUGAGUGCAGACUUGGCCGGCUCUGCCCACGCAGUCGCGGCUUAUCAAGCGUCUCAAGCCAUGUACGACGUUUUUGAUAAGGUUGUGGUUCUGUACGAAGGGAGAGAGAUCUAUUUUGGCCCAACCAAGUUUGCGAAGGAUUACUUUGCAGAGAUGGGUUGGUUCUGUCCAGCUCGCCAACCGACACCCGACUUUCUGACCUCAAUCACAAAUGUGGAGGAGAGGAAAACGCGACCUGGAUAUGAGAAGAAGGUCCCGCGCACUGCGAUCGAAUUUGAACAAUACUGGCGGAAAUCGGAACUUUACAAAUCCCUCCAACAAGAAAUCAGGACUCAUGAAGAGGAAGAUUAUGGCUCCGCCGCUGCCGAUGAAUUCAAAGUCGCACGCCGCGCGGCCCAAGCACACCAUGUCCCUCCAAGUUCUCCGUACACCGUUUCUACGCCGAUGCAAAUUCAGAUUUGUACAAAGCGAGGCUUUCAGCGCUUGUGGAAUGAGAGAGUGAUCCGACUCACCUUGAUCAUUGGACAAGGAAGCAUGUCCCUCAUCAUCGGCUCCAUUUUUUACGGAACGAUAAACGACACCAAUAGUUUCUUUGCUAAGGGUUCCACCAUUUUCUUCGCUGUGUUACUGAAUGCUCUUAUUGCCGUUACGGAAAUCAAUCGAUUGUACGACCAAAGACCAAUCGUGGAGAAGCAAGUCUCAUACGCUUUCUACCACCCAUUUACAGAGGCUCUGGCUACUGUAAUAGCGGAUUUUCCAGUUCAACUCCUCACAGCCGUGAUCUUCAAUAUCAUUUUAUAUUUCCUAUCAGGCCUUAGGAGGGAAGCGGCACAGUUCUUCAUCUUCUUUCUUUUCGCAUUUCUGACACGGCUGGCAAUGACCGGACUGUUCCGAACGAUCGGUGCUGCGACCAAGGCAAUCUCUGAGGCACUCGCAAUCGCCGCAGUUGUUGUCCUGGCAAUAGUGAUCUACACCGGGUUCACAAUACCUCGACCAAAUAUGCACCCUUGGUUCAAGUGGCUUUCGUGGUGCAAUCCGGUGGCAUAUUCAUUUGAAGCAAUGCUCGUUAACGAGUUCCAUGGAAGGCAAUUUCCAUGUGGCAGCUACGUUCCUGCAUAUCCGAACCUAGUUGGGAAUACAUUCAUUUGUUCGGUUCCGGGCGCGGUUGUCGGCCAUUCAACUGUAUCUGGCGAUACGUAUCUGGAAACAGCUUACCGGUACAGCUACAGCCACAUUUGGCGAAACCUUGGCAUAUUGAUUGCUUUCUUGGUUUUCUUCAUGGCCUCCUACUUGGGAGUAUCGGAAAUCAACUCAAAACCCCAAGGCAAGGGAGAAGUUCUCCUAUUCCGACGUGGACAUGUACCACGUUACAUUGAGGAGGGCCUGAGAUAUGAAGACCAAGAAUAUCCCGAUGCUCCCCUCGCAAUAACCGGGCGUCAAGGCACUCAAGAUGAAGAUAUCGGGGCAAUCCCACCGCAGAAAGCCAUCUUUACUUGGCACAAUGUCAACUACGAUAUUCCAGUCAAGGAGGGCACACGCAGGUUGCUCGACCAAGUAUCAGGAUGGGUCAAGCCUGGAACGCUAACUGCUCUUAUGGGAGUAUCAGGCGCUGGGAAGACGACAUUGCUGGAUGUGUUAGCCCAGCGCACCUCGAUCGGGGUUGUUACUGGCGACAUGUUGGUGAACGGAAAGCCGUUAGACCUAAGUUUCCAAAGGAAAACAGGGUAUGUUCAACAGCAGGAUCUCCACCUCGAGACCUCGACUGUUCGUGAAGCACUGCGUUUUAGCGCCAUGGUCCGUCAACCUAAAUCUGUCUCAAAGAAGGAGAAAUACGAAUACGUGGAGGAGGUGAUCAAAAUGAUUAAUGCGGAAGACUUCGCCGAGGCCGUAGUCGGCGUGCCGGGAGAAGGCCUUAACGUUGAGCAGCGCAAACUGCUCACAAUAGGCGUGGAGCUCGCCGCAAAACCCGCUCUUCUGUUCUUCCUUGAUGAACCGACCAGUGGAUUGGAUUCCCAAAGCUCCUGGUCCAUCCUCAGCUUCCUCCGAAGGCUUGCUGAUCAUGGACAAGCUGUCCUAUCGACUAUACAUCAGCCCAGCGCUCUUCUGUUCCAGGAAUUCGAUCGGCUACUUUUCCUUACUACGGGAGGACGGACUGUCUACUUCGGCGACAUCGGUCCCAACUCGCAUACCCUAACUAGCUAUUUCGAGAGGCAUGGAGCUAGGGUGUGCAGCCAGUCGGAAAAUGUGGCAGAGUACAUGCUGGAAGUUGUCAAUCCUGAAACAAGUGCCCAAGCCAAUCGCGACUGGGUCGAGAUCUGGAGAUCAAGCGAGGAGAACAAGAAUAUGCUGGCAGAGUUGGCCCAAAUCAAUCGGGAGACAAGCAAACUCCCCGCGGAGGAGAGCACCGUCGAGAGCCAUCGUCAGUUUGCCGUGCCGCUUUACACCCAGACUUAUCACACGACGAUCCGCGCCUUUCAGCAGUAUUGGAGAACUCCCGGCUAUGUUCUGCACAAGUAUGGUCUUGGUGUUGCUUCAGCUCUGUUUAUUGGCUUCUCAUUCUGGCAAUCUAACAGCUCUCAACAAGGGCUUCAGAAUGUUUUGCUCAGCGUCUUCAUGCUUACGUCGAUAUUCACGGCCUUGAUUCAGCAGAUUAUUCCUCGAUUUGUCAUUCAGAGGUCACUCUACGAAGUCCGCGAGCGCCCGUCAAAGGCUUAUUCAUAUGUCGCGUUCCUCUUGGCCAACAUUCUUGUGGAGAUUCCCUACCAAAUUCUGCUUGGCAUCAUGGUAUAUGCUUCCUAUUACUACUCGGUCUUUGGCAUCCAAUCUUCCGAAAGACAAGGCCUUAUCCUACUAUUCUGCGUCCAGUUCUUCGUGUAUGCAAGCACCUUCUCCCAGAUGGUGAUCGCAGCUCUGCCUGAUGCAGAGACCGCCGGCAUUAUAGCAACACUCAUGUUUGCCAUGUGUGUGAUAUUCAAUGGCGUGCUUCAGCCACCGGAUGCACUGCCGGGUUUCUGGCACUUUAUGUACCGUGUAAGCCCCUUCACCUACAUUAUCGAUGGCAUUGUGGCCACAGCGCUGCACAGUCGCAAGGUCGUGUGCGCGGAGAACGAAUUAAGCGUUUUCUCUCCGCCACCAAACAUGACCUGCGGCCAAUAUCUCGCCCCCUACCUACAAGCGGCCCCCGGCACCUUGUACAAUCCAACAGCGACAAGCAACUGCGAGUACUGUGCCCUGUCUCUUGCGGACCAAUACUUGAGCCCUCGCGGCAUCUCGUGGGGGCAACGCUGGCGCAACUUUGGUCUCAUCUGGGCAUACGUCGCUUUCGAUCUUUUUAUGAUCCCUCUGCUGUACUAUACAUUCCGGAUGAAGAAGUGGCGCGGCAAAGUCGGAGCGAGCAGAAGGCGGAGAGGGCUGAAUAGGACCUAUUCUUGGAUCCGCACGUUUGGACGGUAUUGUCGGAGACUUGUUACAGGGCGUUGGGAAAAACUGCCCCUGGAAAAGCGCGCUGAGAACCCUAGGGUGUACUAA